UACAGUGGGACCUAAUAAUGCAUUAUCUCUUCUUUUUCCCUCCCUCAAUAUUAGAAAGAUCUUUCAAUUACACUCCCUUUAGCCUUCAUUACAUUCAGCUACUACUACUUAAAAAGCCAUUGCUUCCAACAAUAACUCAUUCUCUCAAUAUCUACAAACCAAACAAAUCAAUCAACUUAACUUCAAUUCAACUUAUAUCCAUGAAAGGAAUGGACAUGUUUUGUUCUUCUCCUUCUUCAACAGCAAUAAUACAUAGUAGUAUAGAUCAACGUUCUAUACUAAGAAGAAGUAGAACCACCAAAAACUAUGAUCAUGAAAGAAGGAAAAAUCAACUUCAUCAUGUUCCUUGUUCAUCUCAAUUACCUAUCAAUCCUAUGCCUUACUUUGAGAAGCAUAGAAAGAGUACAACAGAUAAACAAAAACAAAGUAGUAGUACCGAGAUACGUAGAAAAAGCUCCAGUCAUGUUAAUGACAUGUCUUCGACAAGAUAUCUCCUCGAUGACGCGCCUGCGCCAUUCAUCGAUUGGAUAUCUGAGUCCAGCAAAAUGGUUUCUAUGCAUGAUGUUAAAGACAUGUCCUUGGAUAUGAAAAGAAAAAACGAUUCUCAUGCCCUAAUUAGGACCUCUUCUUCACCUCUUGCUUCCAAGGACCAGGUUGUGGUACUAAGGGUGUCAUUGCAUUGCAAAGCUUGCGAAGGAAAAGUUAGAAAACAUAUCUCAAAAAUGGAAGGAGUGAGAUCAUUCACCAUAGAAAUGGAGACAAAAAAAGUAACAAUUAUCGGAGACGUGACACCAUUAGACGUAUUGGCGAGUGUAUCCAAGGUGAAGAGUGCACAACUAUGGUCAUCUACGAUAUCUUCAUCCUCAUCAUCAUUAUCAUCAUCGUCAUCUUCUACUCUAGCAUUUCCACGAUUGACACAAUGAGUUACUUAUAUAAGAAAAUGUUUGAUCAACAAAAGUUGAUAUAUUUGGAUCAAUUUUAGAUCAAAUAUAUCAACUUUUAUUGACGGGAUAUUUUUUAUUUAUAUAAACGUAGAUUUCCCUCUCAAGUUCACUUUUGUUUGGUGCGCACCUUUAGGAAUGUGUGUUAUUGUAUGAUAAGAAGCAAAAUGCUAUUUGGUAUGUAGAAAUUGUCAAGAAUGUGAGUACAAAAAAGUGGAAAUGGAUAAUAACAUGGUGGGGUCGUAACUCUAAACCUCCCUUUCAGUUCCUCAACUUCAUGACUUAUCAAUCUUAAUGUAUGUUAUGUAAAUGAAUAGUACUAUUUUAGGUUAGAUGGGUCACCAUUUAACUUGUAAUGCAGGCUUUCUUUCCGUAUUUAAUUUACUGAUGACUCCUCCUCAUUGAA